AUGGGCAACAAAGAUCGUCAAGAACAUCUCACCCUCAACGUGGCUACUGCUAUUUGCUUUGGCUUGUUGGUCGGUAUACUGACAGCGUACCGGACGCUGUUUGGGAUCUCUCCAAGAAGAGACUUUUACGGACAAAAUGCCUUGCCCUCGUCUGAACAUGUCAACUCCGGAGUUCACGCCAGCAGUUACUUGGACAACAUCACGUCGCCACACGAAGUGGAAGUGUUUGACAAUAUAACAUCUCCACGGCAAACUUCGGGCAACAUCACGUCGCCGUGGGAAAUGAUCACGUACAACAUCACUUCACCGUACGAAGCCGUCGACAAUAUCACAUCACCAUACGAAAUGAUCAAGUAUAACAUCACUUCGCCGUAUGAAGUCUUUCACAAUAUUACUUCGCCCCGCGCGACCUCGGCCAACAUCACUUCGCCGUAUGAGGUGUUUGAAAACAUCACCUCACCCCACGAAGGUCUGGAACAUCAAGAAUGUAACCGGCAGGUUUGGGACAACAUCACAUCGCCUUGUCAGUAG